AUGAACCCCGUACCCGUCGUACAUCCCAUCCAACCACCCAUGGCCCACCAAGCUCAGAAACGCCCAAGAUCAGAAGACGAAGAACAAAAAGCGCAAGCAAAGCGCGCCCGCAACGAUUCCAUCACAACAUCCCAAGAGCAGCGCUACAACGACAACAAGCCCGCCAUCGAAGCCUGGUGCAAAGCGCAGCAAACCCACCCCAAAGCACGUUGGUACGAGAAACUUCACGCAUGGGAAACAAAUGGCUGUCGCGACGUGAGACGAAAGUCGCCCGCAACAACAUCGCCGCCUCCUCCCUUGCCCAUCACACAAACCCCCGGAAUGGAUUCGCCCGCAGAGAUCCUCGCCACCCGCCGCCAAUGGGGCGACACAAAACCAGACCAACACAUACAUCCCCUAGACAAAGCCGCCGUCCCUGAAUAUCCCACCGAAGACUCACUCGCGGCUUGUACUAAGAGACCAGAUGGUUUGUACAAAUGCCUACACGCUGAGGGUAGCCACCACAAGUGUUGCCGCGAGGGUCUUACAGAGAAGAACAAGAAACAUGCUAUUGGCAAGCAGAUCCGGGCGUGGAAGACGCGGGUUGAGGAGAUGGUGCUCAAGGGGGAACUGCAUGUUGCGCAUAAGACGUGGGGGGAUUGGAAUAAGAAGAGUAAGGGGGAGUUUGGGGAGGAGGUGGAGAGGUGGGAUGGGGUGUUGGGGCUGUUGGGGGGUGUGCUGGGGGGAAGGAGGGCAGGGCAAGCGCGGUCUGAGACGCCUGCGAGGAGGAGUCGGGUUGAGGCUGCUCGUCAGGGACCUACACAACAACAUGGGAACCAGUCGCAGCCAUCGACUUUCCCUUCUCCAGGAUCGCGGGCUCAGCAGAUGUCUUCGUCGCGACAGGCUACCCCCACACGCGCAGCAUCGUGGCAGUUCCAGCAUCAGUCCCCACAACAGUGGUCAGUUCAACAUCCAGUCAACACGGGCAGUAUAGCUGCAUCCCGACAUCAGCCGAUAUCUCCGUCGCAACCUCAAGCGCAACAUAACUUCCUCAACUCGCCAACACAAUCUCUUACUCCCUCGACCACAUCAACAAGUCCCGCUCCAGCAGCAAAGCGUCAAGCCGGCGAACCUGCAUUUGGCUACAAUGGAUUGCCUCCAAAUGGAUCACAUCGACAGCGGGAACUUUCCAGCUUCUCUCCUCAGCGCAGGUCGCAGGAGCAUACUGCGAUCGCAUCUGCAACAGCCCCCUCAUUCGCUCACCAUCUGGCGCAAUAUGCAACACCGCUGCGUCAGACACUGUCGCCAGUCGCGUCUGCACAAUUGGGUCAUCAUAGUAACGAUCUGACUACACCGCACUCCAUGAAUCGAAAGCAAGAGCAGCGCCGACCGCAACAGCAAGCUCCGCCGCAGGUUCAAAAUGCUAGACAGCAGCAAGCUGAUGUCCAGCUGCUACCAUCAGGUGUGACGACAAACCAUGCGGCCAAACCACAUCCAGCGUCGACCCAGAUGGCUACAAGCCCAAGCACAGCACCAAAUCACACUUCCACUCCCAUCAAUACACCAAAAAUAACCUCCACCACUCACACACUCUCGCCGGACAAGUCUUCCACGCUUGCAGCUUCGUCGCCUGCGAAGGCAGAGCCUGCUGUCGACUACCGCCCGGUAGCAAUGCGCAUGCUACAGAAGCAGAUCAAGGAUCAUGAGCCUAUUGUGCUUGGUGAAGUGAAGAUCACCAGGGACGAUGUGAACAGCAACAUGAGUGGCUGUGUGGGAAGACUGGCGACGGCAUUGCGGUUGGAAGCUGAGGAAGCUGCGAAGAAGGAGGCUGAGGCAGCUGCGCGGAGGGAGGUUGAAGAAGCUGCAAAGAAGAAAGCUGAGGAGACUGCGUAUGCCAACUCGAAGCACGCUUCUCAAGGUCAAGCUGAAACUACCGACGAGGUUGCGGCUCUCGCGGUCUCAAACAUCAACGAAGGCCACGAACUAGACUACCUCUUCUCCGACAACCCCAUCCCCGCCUCUCAAAGCCACCCCAUCGAUUUCGGCAACCCAAACGACUACCUCUUCUCUUCCAGUCCCAACAGUCCCGACAAUAACGAAUGGCGCCCAGAGAUCAUACCCGACCUGCCACCCAACUUCGGCAAAAUGGACCUUAUCGGGAUGACACGUCGCGCCUUUGAAGAAGAACCCUCACCCUCACAGCCAGAAGAGCAACCCGAGCCUGAGCCAGAAGAAGACACACUAGCCGACCUGAGCUACCCAGAAGCGUGGUUCAUAGAAGACGUAGAGGACUUCGUGACUCAGGGUCCGCUUCCUGAGUGGAUGCUACGGCCUACGACGGAUUUUACUUUGGAGAAUAUGCAGAUGGAGGGGUUUGAUGGGGAUUUGGGGAUGCCGGGGGAUCCGGAGGAGUGGGUGCAGGCUACCAGAGACUGGCGGGCGGAAAGGGAUGCGGGUCGGAGGGAAGCGCGUGGAGAUGUGCUGUGA